AUGGACACUACACCCAACAGCGACGUCACACCGAACCACACGCAGUCGGACUCAGAACUCUGGUUUCUGAGCGUCGAGCCUCUCUUCCGACGACAUCGAGUAACAUCGCAAAUAGCAAGGUACUACUACGUCAUCGUAGCUUUAGCAACUGCUGUCAUCGCAAUCGUAAGGGACAUUCUGCGCUCUCCGCCUCCUGACACACCCUACGACACUCUUAAAACAGAGCUUAUACGCCGGACAACCGAGUCGGAACAGCGUAGGCUGCAGCAGCUACUCACCGCGGAGGAGCUCAGUGACCGAAAGCCCACGGAGCUUCUGCGUCGCAUGCGGCAUCUGAUUGGGGACCAGUCUGCUGCGUUGGACGCAUCCAUUCUACGGGAGCUCUUGCCACAGCGACUGCCACAGCAGGUGCGGAUGAUCUUGGGCGUGUCCUCCACAGAAACCCCCGACUCACUGGCACAAAUGGCCGGCAAAAUUAUGGAUGUCGGCACCCCGGCCAUAUCUGUAAUCGAGAGACAACGUGACUCUUCCCUCUUUGCGCCGGUCCACGACGACCGCUUGGACCGUCUCCUUCAAGCUAACGAGGAGCUCAACCCCUCUACCACUGUCACGACUUUCGGUGGACUAAAGACAGACAGGGAUAAGUCGCUCGUUUAA